AUAGUUGUCGUAUCUUUGUCGCACCAAACAAUGAAGCCCGAGCAUUAUGGGUUGCCAAACUAUGGGAUGCAAAGAAAGCAAGUUUAAAAAAAAUGAUAAAAAUGCCUGUUAAAGAACCAUCAGCAGAGGAGUUGAACAACGAAUCGGAAUUUUAUGAACGAAAUGGAUUUCGUGAUGGCAUCAAUGGGUUCCCUAACGCAGCAGGAAUCGUUAAUGGCGAAAAAAUUGACAUUGUGACCACUACCACAAAGAGAGUGAGGGCAUAUUGGGGGGUUGAUAGGCACCCAGAAUUGAUUAUAAAGGUGUUGGACGCUGUAGGAAAGCCAAACGAGAAUGAAGAGAUCCAAAAAUUAGAUGACCCUUCAGCGGCACCAUCGACGUUAACUUCAUCCUUACAUCCUGAAGAAAAUUUGUCCCAACGACUUAUUCGUGGAGGAUCAAUCGACUCAUUAAUUCACGAACUCAUAUUUGAGACACAAAAAGCAAAUCAAAAAGAUGGUGAUGAAUUCCUUCAUGCCUUUCUUCUCACAUAUCAACUUUAUACUGAACCCAGUCACAUAUUUCGUGAAUUAAAAAGAUGCACGAGCAUGAGAAAAGAAGAAGAAGAUCAACCAAAUAAGAUUGUCAAGAGAUUGAUAACUAUACUUAUUACAUGGUGUCAAAGUUAUGGGCGGGAUUUAUUACGUGAAGAUGUCUGGAAGGGUAUGAUGGAAACUAUAGAAGAAGUAGUGAACAGUGAGAGUGUCACUGACGCAGAAAAUUUGAAAAAACUGAUGCAAGAUACUCGUGAUGGAUUAAAGAAUGAAAACGAGGAGGAAUUUGCAGUGAAAUCGCCCCUGAAUUAUCCUGCAUCUUCGCCGCUUUCCUUGGAUCUCUCAAAUUUACUUGUCACAGGUUUGACACCUGCUUUGUUUCUAAAGAUGACACCUGAGGAGUUGGCGCAACAGCUAUAUUUAUACCAUUUUCUUCAACUUAAGAAAGCAAAUCCAAGGCAGGAUUUGAAGAAUUUUGUCCCAUCAAAAAAUCGGUCGGACGUAACGACAAAAGAAUGUCCGCUAAAUUUUACUCCAGCUACACCACAUUUCAUUACUAGAUUAAUAUAUCAUCAUGUAUUAAUUGCGUCCCAACAAUCGGCAUAUACUAGUCGACGACCAUUACUGUUGACACAUUGGAUACAAACUGGAAUAGCAUGUAAAGCUUUGGGUGACAUGGCAGGUUGGAUGGCG